AUGUCAUCCGAGGACACGCGGUCAAAUCGCCUACGGUGGUUUGAAGAGUGCCUUCAGGCUUUGCCUGGCACAGUAGCUCCCAGUAGCUCUGUAGCUUUUCCCAAAAACAUUGGCUGCGGACUUGCUGGUGGGAAAUGGGCACAGUACCUUGCUGCGCUGACCAGGUUCAGCGAGGCCCAUCCAGACUGGAAGAUUGCAAUCUAUGACUUCAACGCAUCAAGUCCAGCUGCAUGUCCCACGGAUCCCACAGCACGUCCAGCGAGCGCUGAACCGAAGACACCGGCUCGUCCAAGUGCCAGCGCUUGUUCCGGGUUUUGGAGCACCGCGACCUUUGAAGCUUGGCGCGGAGGGUCUUGGGUUGCCUACUCAGAGGCUCACCAAGCAGCCCUUCAAGCUGCGCUACAACGUGAAGAUGACUGCACCGAAGUCAUGGUGGACAGUGAGCGGCGGCACGCUCUUGCAGCACUUGCCGAGAUGGGUGUUUGCCCGAGGUCUCUUGGGGCCGGUGUGGAGUCUGAAGCUUUGAGUCUUUGUGCUCGUUUGGGAGAUGGAGACUCCACAGGCAAUGGGCAGGUUCAAGUGAAUCUUGCGGCCCUUGCGUCAGCAGCAGACUACGGUGAAGAGACCAGCCCAGACGGCAAGACGCGGGUUCGUUUGAGGCUGCCUCCGGUGCGAGAAGGAGAGAUCCGUCUUCCCGCACAGUUGGAUUUGGGUUCCUGCCCGUCAGUGCGGGACUGCGGCCGAGUGGCAGACGCAGAGCUACUGCAACCUGACAGCAGCUGCGGCAUUUGUCUUGGUGACCUAAUGGGCAAGAGACGUGGUCUGGCAGUCGCACUGCAGCUCCAUUGUGGGCACAUCUUCCACCAUAGCUGUUUGGAGCGCUGGUUUGAAGAGAGAAGGCGGUGCCCAACAUGUAAAAGGCGCUUUGGGCACUUGGUGGGCAAUCAGCCGAGCAUUGGUACCAUGAGCUGGCAAUUGGACAGCCGUGUUCGGCUUGCUGGUCAUCCAGAUAGCUUUACGAUUGUCCUCAACUUCCGCUUUCCGGCGGGAAGAGACUCCAAUGGAGAGCCCUACAGAGGGAGGACUCAGCAAGCGUUUCUGCCCCAUGAUGAGCGUGGGAAGCUCCUCCUUGCGUUGUUCCAGCUCGCUUUCAGGCGGCGGGUGCUCUUCGACCUUCGAGCCUCUACAACAGAACAGAAGUACUGGCCAGCCUUCAAUAUCCACCUCAAAACGGCAGUUGCAGGAGGUCCAGAGCGAUUCGGAUUUCCAGAUGACGGCUACUGCCAACGCGUUUUGGAGGAGCUCCGGGAGAAUGGGGUGACCAUCGCGGAGCUGUGA